CAGCAAAGCAGUGCAUAAAGAUUAUAAAACCUUCAUAAACCGACCCCAUUCUCGCUGCGGUUGAUUGAUAUUAAUGGUGAAGACUGAAGUUAUAAAAAACCACACCCGAAUAUAGCAUCUCAUACAUACCUAAGAACUAGUCUUGCCCAUUCCAUUGAUACGGUUAUUCAUAUACGCUGUAUUAUUCAGCUAUACGAACAAAAUACUUACGCGGGGUAUGUAAUGUUGCAGUUGCUUUUCGACUUGCUGCGCAGCAUUGUUUCUUGCUGAAACCUCUUCUCGAUUUCUCAUCCAAUAGCAAUAAAAACCAUGGCGUCAUAUUAACUCAAUUAAUUCCUGCGCGGUUGUUUCCCACCCCCCCUUCCCCCCGAGCUUGUCUAGCUCCCAGCCACGAAGCGACGACCUAUAGAGAUGCACUUCAACCCUUGUAAGCUCUCUUACAUAGCACAAGUCGUUUCGGUUACGGUUACGGCUACAGCUACGAUUACGGUUACGUGUAAUUACCUUAGGUACCUAACCUAAGCUUCGCUCUUCGUCGCCGGGAAUUCAUCUGGGAGGUUUUGGCUUCAUUAUGUCUCCCGUGCCGUUCCAGCAUCCGGUGAGGUACACUCCGCUGGCGGUGGUGGUCACCUAUCUUACAGCGAUAGUCUACUUGACGUAUGCAAUCGCCGCCGGGCUCUAUGCAUCGUAUAAGUCUUUAGGUCCAGCUCAAGACACACGAUCGCGUUACGCGCAGCGCAGGAGAUUGGUUCCUAUCUUUCUCGGACUUGCAGCCGUGGCUUUUUCUUUGGCGACUUACAACUCUGUGGCGUCGGCUGUCUUGUCGUAUAAGACAUGGGCGCAUGAGCAUGGCGUCAACCAACGAGAACGCUAUCUUCUCGCCGAGAAACUUGUCCUUACACCUAGGGACUUGAGGAGAUCGAACUCUCUUUAUAUCACCCAGUGGUUGAGUGACACCCCCAUCUUUUACGAUGCCCUGGAGAUUGUCGCCGAGAAAGCCCGUCGCUUCUGGUGGGGGCAACAGAUCGAUCUCGCGACGGUGGCCUUUAGCAUGUUACUAUCCGUCGAGGGGCGACGACGAAAUAUACCCCUGACAGCUUCGUUUCUGAUCCUAGCCCACCUUGUCAGCUUGUCGUUCGCACAGAAUCUGUUUUACGUAGCUCUACUCCUGACUCCGUCGCCACUACCCCCAGGAAUCGAGAGCCUUGAGACACCAGUCGUACCUCUUCUCUCGACGUUGGUCUGGAUUCGCGACAAAGUCAUUGCUCCAAAACCAAAGAAUUGGCUAUUGCGCCCUCGCAUACUCUUCACAGUGUUGGCCUUGAAUUAUCUUUCAAUAUUCCUGCUUCCUUAUGCUGCGGACACACAUUCGUUUGUGAAUGUGGUUCAUCUCGGUCGAGCGUCGACUUUCUUACCCCUUAUCUUACCAGCCAUUGCCCCGGUAAGCUGGGGUACCAUCUACUUGCAUCCUCACGACGCUCACGGUUCGUUGAAAACGAUAUUUCGAACUAUUUCCGCCGUGUCUUUCGCAUUGCACGCAAAGUCUAGCAUUGAAGGACUCCGCUAUAACGUUCCCGACUCUCAUCAUCAUCGCCACAGUAUCUUCCUCCCCUGGAAUGUUGAAGAGCGUUCCAACUGGGAACGCAGUACUACAGCGAUUGGCAAAGUUUUGGGCUCCCUCUACGACCACCCUGCCGUAAACGCUGUUGGGUGUGAUGUUCUAGUCUGCACGAUUAGUCUCGGUUUGUGGGCUGCUGUCCGCGCUAUAAGCGUGCAAGACAUUAUCGCAUCGGCCAUUCCGACUUUCAAAUUCCGUCUAAGGGCUAGGCGCGUCGUCGAGGAUAAGAUCUUUCGUAGGCCCCGUACGCCCUAUAGCCCCUAUACCCCUAUUAGGCCUAGUUACGACUAUCCCGAAUAUCGUACAUCGGAACAUUCGAUGACUCUUAGAAGUCAGAGUAGGCCGGGCCUAUCGGGACUAAGGAGUUCGUCAAGGUUAAGAAAUGCGUCAAGACUAAGAAGCGAAUCUAAUGUAAGAAGUUCAUCGAGAAUAAGGGAUUUGUCGAGGGUGAGAAAUGAAUCAAGAGCAAGGAAUACGUCAAGAGUAAGAGACGCUUCAAGAGUAGGAAGUGUAUCCAGAAUAGGAAGUGUUGCAAGCUCGUGCACACCUAGUGAGGAUGGAACUGUGACUCCUGGGCGAAGACGAGGACGGGCCAGGGUGUCUAAGAAACACGAAGACGAAAAAGCAUAUCGACCUACCAUGUUCUCGGCUAGAUCCUCUGUGGAGUCGGACCUCUUGCCGGCUACCGAGCCAGACUGGGACUCUGCGGCUAUAGCUUGGAGCAUGGUUACAUUUGCCGGGCUCGGUUCGGCGUCCGCGGGUGUUCUCGGAGGUGAAUGCAUUGCGAGAUGAGAUACGAAUGGAUAGGAUAGGUUGGGGAUAUUAUGAGGAGUUUGGAAUGACGAUGAGAAUAAUGAGGUAACCCAGGGUUGGGAAGGAUUGGGGGGAAUCGGGAAGGGUUGGGCCGGGUAAUGAUUGGAAGCGGGCUAUGAAUUAUGAAUAACACUCAGCGUAGCGGUCACGGCUGGGUGCUUAUAUACCUGGGAGGUAGAUAUUAAAGUCAACUAUUAUCAAGUUCUAGGCUAUCCGUAAACCGU